GACUUUUUUUUCUUUUUUUUUUUUACUGUUUCCGGCGUCGGCGGUGGCUAUAAAAGGUCCGGCCACAAGGGGGAUGCUCUCUUUUUGCUAACCGGUCGUGGAGUAGUAGCUGCUUUGGCUCUCGUCGCCCGUUAACACCGAAACUAAAACAAUGGGAAAGGAGAAGAUCCACAUCAACAUCGUGGUCAUCGGCCAUGUGGACUCCGGUAAAUCUACCUCCACCGGGCACCUGAUCUACAAGUGCGGAGGAAUCGACAAGCGAACCAUCGAGAAGUUCGAGAAAGAAGCUGCUGAGAUGGGCAAGGGUUCCUUCAAGUACGCCUGGGUGCUGGACAAACUGAAGGCUGAGCGUGAACGUGGUAUCACAAUCGACAUUGCUCUGUGGAAGUUUGAGACCAGCAAGUACUAUGUGACAAUCAUUGAUGCUCCUGGACACAGGGACUUCAUCAAGAAUAUGAUCACUGGUACCUCUCAGGCUGACUGUGCUGUGCUGAUUGUGGCUGCUGGUGUUGGUGAGUUUGAGGCUGGUAUAUCCAAGAAUGGACAAACUCGUGAGCACGCCCUGCUGGCUUUCACACUGGGUGUGAAGCAGCUCAUCGUCGGUGUCAAUAAGAUGGACUCGACUGAGCCACCAUACAGCCAGGCCCGUUUCGAGGAGAUCACCAAGGAAGUGAGCAGCUACAUCAAGAAGAUUGGCUACAAUCCAGCUUCUGUUGCCUUUGUGCCCAUCUCUGGUUGGCAUGGUGACAACAUGCUGGAGUCAAGUACCAAUAUGACCUGGUUCAAGGGAUGGAAGGUUGAACGUAAAGAAGGCAAUGCCUCUGGAACCACGCUGCUUGAGGCCUUGGAUUCCAUUUUGCCGCCCGCCCGCCCAACUGACAAGCCCCUCCGUCUACCCCUCCAGGAUGUUUACAAAAUUGGAGGUAUUGGAACUGUACCAGUGGGUCGUGUUGAGACUGGUGUCCUGAAGCCAGGUAUGGUUGUCACGUUCGCACCCCCUAACUUGACCACAGAGGUGAAAUCUGUGGAGAUGCACCAUGAGAGCUUGAGCGAGGCAUGUCCUGGUGACAAUGUCGGCUUCAAUGUCAAGAACGUGUCUGUCAAGGAAAUCCGUCGUGGUUAUGUUGCUGGUGACAGUAAGAAUGAUCCACCAAAGGCAGCAGAAAGUUUCAAUGCCCAGGUCAUCAUCCUGAAUCACCCUGGCCAGAUCAACGCAGGUUAUGCCCCCGUACUGGACUGCCACACUGCCCACAUCGCCUGCAAGUUCAGCGAGUUGAAAGAGAAAAUUGACCGUCGUUCUGGCAAGAAGCUUGAGGACAACCCCAAGUCUGUUAAGAGUGGAGAUGCUGCCAUUGUCAAACUGAUUCCACAGAAGCCUAUGGUGGUCGAGCCCUUCUCAAGCUACCCUCCCCUCGGUCGUUUUGCUGUCCGUGACAUGAGGCAGACUGUGGCUGUUGGUGUCAUCAAGGCUGUUGAGACGAAAGAAGUGGCUGGAAAGACUACAAAGGCUGGGGAGAAAGCCCAGAAGAAGAAAUGAAUUAUGGUGCAGGACAUCCAGGCGGGUGUAUGCCAGCAGCAGUGGGACAUGCCACUUCCCCGUCCCGGUUCAUCUUCAAGGCAGAGUUCACUACUAAAGGACUGGCUUAUGCUGAUUAAAACCCAUCGCAAAAGUUUCCGCAGGAAAAAGAACUAUGGCGCUUUUCAGUUGAGUUUGUUAAAUGGUUUAGAAUCAAAUCUUCACUGUUUAGCCAGAUUUUGGAAUUGAAGGUAAAUAAAUGUCUUGAAAAAU